AUGUCGUCCAUCAUCCGGCUGAACGUGUGUGCCGUGGUCGGGUCGAUGGCGUGCAUCUCGCUGUGCGUGCUCCUCUUUGCCGCCGUCUUCGAGGAGUGCCAGCAGCUCGAGCAGCUGCUCAAUCACGAGAUGUUGCUCUUACAGAAAGACGAGGUUCACGUGGUGUCGAUGAUGGCCGAGAUUCAAAAAGACAUUGGCGUCCAACAACUCAGAAAACCCAGACAGAAAGAAGAUGAUGCUCAAAAUCCGGAAAAACUUGGCGAAACGACGAAUGAAGAGUACCAGGAUGAGGCGGGUUUU